AUGUUUUACGAACGGCCAAUCGCAAUUUUCUUCUUGCUGCAUAUCACCCCGCCGCGCAGUUUGAUCUUCAAGGAGGUUCAAAUACUCCCCUCGACGAAUUGCAAUGGCGAUGCACCAGUGACCCUAGCCAAGGAGAACAGGGGUUCAUCCGAGGAGCUCGCAGCGUCGCUUCAUUCCCAUGUUUUGAAACUUCGUUCGAUCUUCGAAACCGGUCAUGCCCAGGUAACACAGGUGCUCAGCCAUCUUUUCAGGCCUUCCAAGCCGGUCAUCGCAUCAUCUCAGGCCACACGAUGGCAGAUGCAGCGCUUCUGUCAGCUCAACUAUAAGAUGGCACCUGUCGCGUCGCUGUCAGUUCAUGUCACAAAGUUUCAACUCAUCAACAGCGAAACUGCCAUCCGAUACAACGAAUUUUCUUCUUUAGACCUGGUUUCUUCUCAAUAUACCCAUUUGAUUCACCCCAAUCCACACAAAAUGUACGCCCAACAAAUUCUCGUUACUUUCCUGAUGGCCACCAGCGCCACUCUCGCCAGCGCAAGAAGCAUCGAAAGACGCCAAUUGCUUGGAAACCUCGGCAGCCUCUCGUGCAACGUCGCAAGACUCCAGAUCUUAGGCGCCCUUGGCAAUACCGAGGACGCUGUCUCCCAAAUCACCGAUACAACAGUCCAGGACGCUGCCAAUGCUGGUCUCCAACAAGCACGAGGCGGCAUCGCACAAAUUGCAAAGUCCAUCGUCAGCGGCGCUGCACCGCCCGCGGCUAGCCGUGAUGAGGUAGCAGCUGGACUGGCUGCAGCGGGUACCGCUCUUUCUGGGGGUGAUGCGAGCGACCAAGCCGUAGCUGAUGCGCAAGCGGGACUUGAUAAGUCUGUAAAGGCUGUAGAUGUUGGAUUGAAGGAGCUGAGCUCGGCAAAUGACGAAAAUGAGGCAUAA